UGUCUUUUUUCUUGACCUCUCGAACACAAAGGCUUGUUGAGCGUGAGGUCUUCGCUAUGUUCUUUUCUUGACUUUACUUGCGCGGCGAAUGCUAUAGACAAAGCGUUUUCUUUUUGCUGUUUCUAAUUAAGUAACUUAGAAAAAAAUAUAAUCCGUUCAUUGUAUUUGUUGUACACAAAAAUGAAGGGCUGUCCACAACCGAUGUCAUCAGUCUUUGUGAAUAAUUCCUUUGGAGUUUAAAAGUUUGGCUAAUCGUAGUGCGUUAUUAUUGCCCCCCAAACAGUUUGGAGUCUUACAGUACAACUGUGUAGGCACCUGGGGGAAAAGGUAAGCGCUGGAGGUUCCCUGCCCUCCCCCGCCGACUUACCUCCCUUCAUUCUGGCAUCUGUUCUCUGGGAAUAUAUUUUUUUUUUAUUGUCGAUGAAGGCUGCUUGAAAGAAGACAAGGGGAGGAGAAGAAAAAAAAGUUAAAAAUAGACCAACGUAGGAUAUGAGUCUUUUCGUGGGUUAACGAAUCUGUAAUCGUAAGGCUUAUUGUUCCAUGUGUUCUCGGACUAGGCCUGUGGGUAGACUUGUGGACAUUAUGUUGGAAGUCUAGAUCUACGUGAUGUGUGCAGUAGUGCUGAUGUGUUCCUAAAUUUCCUUAUUGAGGAUAACUCUGUCGUGUGCUGAACCGUUUUCGCCGUGCUGUUGUUAUCUUUCCUUGCAUAAUUUCAGCACGUCGGAGCGUAAGUCCAGCUUCUACUGGAGAAAAAAAGGAGCGUAGUUUCUUGUUACAUAUUCAUAAUUGUGAUAUUCAUCAAUACAGACUGCUGUUCUAGUACUAUGAAGUUAAAACAAAACAGUUGACAUAAGUGAAAGCAGUUAGAAAAAUGACGUGAAAGACUUACAGGCUUUAUUCGAUUGGCAACUUUUGAAAUCGUCUUUUUUUUCUGAUUGGUUAAUUCCAACAAUACACGAACCUGAUUGGCUGCUUCAGGAUAUAGAUCUUGGACGUUGAAAUAGACAUUUUCUGUGAUUUGCUUCCAUUCUGGUGCAGGAUGGGAUAACAAGACUUGGAGACUGUUAGAUCUACUUGUGUGUGCUCGUCUUUAGCUCAGUGACAGUUUCAUGACUCGAGAGAAACCGGCGGGAAUGAAGAGGGGCGCCGGGAGCGGCAACUCUUGCCCUUCGUACGUCCACUCCAGAAUCACCCUGUACCACGCCAGCAAAAUUGACCUGCGCUACUGCAGAUCUCUGCACAGCUGCGAAGGGUGCAAGCUUGGCCUGGUGGAGCAUCCCUGCGGCGCCAUUCACUACGGGGUCUGUGCCGCGGUGCCCAUGCCGUCGGCCAAGUUGCGGAAAGGAUCCUCGGCGUCGUCGCCCGCUUCAACCCCGUCUGCGCCUGGUUCUCCCACGCAGUCGUCUCCCGUGAGCCCGUCUGGUAGGAGCAGCGCCGGAUCGAAUGUUUUUUACAGCAGCGCCAACAUUACCAGCACGGGGCGCAGGGAGGCGCCCAAGAGUCGCAGUUUGGCCAUUUUGAGAGAAGGUCAUGAGCUGGCGCCAUGGUCGGGCGCUCAUCACCCAGGAGUGGUGCGGCUGCAGCCUCAGAGGCAUGUAAUAGUCCAAGGGCAGAACAUUCGCAUCGGCGGUGGAGCUAUGGGGUAUCCAGGCGCGGAAGUUAUUACUUCGUCCCGAGGGGGCGCUAGUCCUGGUGGCGUAGCCAUAACUUUUCAACGUGGGCAGACCAAUAUCACCAGCAGCGGAAACACGGACAUUAAAAUUCAAGGUCAGGGUCAUGAGAUCCAUAUUCAAGGUAGUGGUGGACAGAACAUACGCGUCCAUCCGGCAGUUGGUACCGGAGGGCGUGCUGGCCACGUUAUCCGCAUCCAGGGUCAGGGCCACCCUAGCAAUCUUCAGUACCAAAAUGUUGGCCUGCCCUCAACACCUCCAGCAGAGUUUGUGGACUCUGGACCUGCCCCGGCCUUCCCUGUCCCCAAAAGCUACUCCUCUACAAAACAGAUCAUCUCCCAAAAACCCACCGCACGCGUGGCGCCGGCCCCGAUACCUACCCAGACACUUGUCACCUCCCAGACUUUCCUCUCCAUCCCAGAAUCCAUGCCCUGCUCCCCGCCGCCCCUGGUUGUCCCCCCGCCUCUCAGUCCCAUUUCGAGCUCGCUGACGCCCCCUUUCCCUGUGUCCCCUCCAGCGGCGUCUCUUUCGGGAACACCGCCCACUUCUCCGCCAGUAUCUCCUACUCCCAACUUGGUGUCACCUUUAGCUACAGUGUCACCUGCAGCAGUCAAACAGCCAGUCCUCUCCGUUAACAAGGACAAAGAGGUGGGUAACCACAUUGGGGUGACGCCAGCGAAUGUCCCGGAGGUUCUCAAGCGACAGAGUAAAGACGCCAUCGUUCCGAACAACGGAGACAACCUCCUGAACGCUGGCCUUGAUGUGUACCCGACAAACAGGAAGGUGGUCGCUAAAGAAGAGGAAGUCCCACAGCCCCCAACACCGAACGCUAGACUUCUAUUACAUAAAGAGUCUCCGGACACGAAAGUUGUGCCCCAGAAGUUUGCCGGCGACAUCCGGGAGAGCAACAAGGAGAACCGGCAGAAGAAGCACGGCCAGCGGGGCAGCAAGCAGCCGUACAGUGUCCACAUCCCACAGUUUUACUUCCCCUCGGGGAAACCAGGCGCCGGGCCUGAGCUGGAGGCCAUCCUGCAAAGGGUGGCCCAGGAGUUUAGCGCCUUUGAAGGGGGAAAGGCCUACAAGCAGCAGAUGGCGGCUAUUACCAAGGCUUGUGGAUUUCCAUUGUACUGGAAAAUUUUACUGUUUCGAGCUGCUGGAGGUACCAAGGAUGGUUGUAUAACAUACCAGAGCCUCUCGGUGCUGCUGAAAAAAUUAUUUCAGACCUGUCAUGAUGAUGCCUCUAAGUUCAUGAAGAUGGCCUGCAAGACACAAACCACAUCUCUGGAAUUUGAGGACUUUGAGCCUCUUGUACAGGACGUGGUAGAGACACACCCUGGUCUGACAUUUCUCCAAGAUGCCCCGGAAUUCCAUUCUAGAUAUGUCACUACAGUCAUUUCACGAAUAUACUUCUGUGUCAACCGUUCUUGGUCAGGGAGAAUCACGUUGCCAGAGUUAAGGAAAGCAAACUUUUUGCAGACUUUACGUCGACUGGAAGACGAGGAGGACAUAAACCAGGUCAAGGACUACUUCUCCUACGAGCACUUCUAUGUCAUCUACUGCAAGUUCUGGGAGCUGGACAAAGACCACGACCUGUACAUUGACAAGAAUGACCUGGCCAGGCACAAUGACCAUGCUUUAAAUAGUAAACUUAUUGAGAGAAUCUUCUCAGGGGCAGUUACCAGAGGGUCAGACUUCCAGGAAGGAAAGAUGAGUUAUAAGGAGUUUGUUUGGUUCCUGCUGGCAGAAGAGGACAAGAAACACCCCACCAGCAUUGAGUAUUGGUUUCGCUGUAUGGAUCUGGAUGGAGAUGGUGCUAUAUCAAUGUAUGAGAUGGAGUACUUCCACGAGGAACAGAUGAACAAGAUGGAGACUCUUGGGAUAGAGAGGCUGCCGUUUGAGGACACUGUUUGUCAGAUGAUAGAUAUGGUGUGUCCCAAAUCUGAAGGGAAGAUAACUCUAGGUGACUUGAAGGCCUGCAAGAUGACAAACAUCUUUUUUGACACGUUUUUCAACUUGGAUAAAUUUUUGGAACACGAGCAGAGGGAUCCGUUUGCGAAUGCAAGGGACCCUAACUGUGAACCUACAGAGGAUUCUGACUGGAACAGGUAUGCAGAAGAGGAGUAUAACAUCCUAGUGGCGGAUGAAGGCAAUGCUGACAUGGAGGAAGGAAACUAUGAAGAUGAUUUUGAGCCAGAAGAUGAAGAGGAACUGAUGCGGGAAGAAAUGUUACGUUUGGGAGAGACAAAUAUCCCAUCAAGGACAAUAACUCCAGGGCAGUCCCACACAGACGACAAUAUCUAUGACUUCAGUAACACAAAUCUAGGUUACUGACUCUAGUCAAUAAUUACAUCCCGACGAUGUCUGAUAUAAACUAUGUCAGCGAUCAGGAGGCAGUGUCCAGUCUACAGCCGCAGCUCCUCUGAUCAGUACCGUCCAGUCGAAUAAUGUGAAAGUUGUAUACAGUGCAGAGAAAACUUUAUGUCUUUUUUGGAGCUUUGACCUUCGACCUUAUUUUUUUCAAAUCAUCAGAAUCAAAAAACAAACAGCAUUAGGGCAAAACAGGUAGCCACUAGAAGUCAAAGAUCUCUAGUCAUUCAUUUGAAUUGAACUGUCGCCACUCACAUGCCUUCAUUGUAUCUUCAACAUAUUGCUCUCAAUGUCAUCUAUCUGUAUGGUAUUAUGACAUACGCCAUGUUUGAUUUUUAGCUAAACGUUGUGAAAGACAACAAAAAAUGAUUGGUUGUUCUAUGGUCACAUGACUCACAACUGGUUGUCAUUGGAGUUGGGUUUUUUUUUCAACUAUAAUCUAUGUAUAUAAAUAUAUUUAUAUAUUUAAUUUUUUAAUAUUAUUUUUAGCUGGCUUUGAAAUUUCAAAAUUGGUUUGAAAACCAAAAAAUCUGGUUAUUAUAAAAAUGUUAUUUAUUAUUUCAAGUAAUGAAUUUUCUGUUGAUGUUAUUUUUGUCGGAUUGCUACAACAGCGCUAUAUAGAAGUCUUUGAUUUAUGAUUCAACUCUGGCUUGUAUGAUUUUUUGGGACCAGAUGUGUGAUGCCUUAAAGAAAGUUUGCUAAACAUUUGUGGAAAACUGAUAUUUCUGUUUGAUUGAUCUAAACUUUUGUAACUAUUUGAACUAGAGUCACAUGGUAGUGUGUGUGCAUGUGCUAGGUUGCUUGUAGCUUUAUACAUGUUUUUCUGAAAGAAUAAAGUUGGGUUUUUUUCUUACUGCUUGUAGAUGAUUGUAUUUAUUCUGAUAUAUAAAAAUGUUCCAAAAUAGUCAUUGCUAGUUGGGUUGUUUUUUAUUUGUCUUUUCAGUUGUUGUUUUUUUUCUGUUUUUGUUUCAGGAUUAAUUUUGUUUCUUAAAUAAAUUGUUUUGCUUUUGUUUUUUAUUAAACCAUUUGUAUGCUUAUACAAUCUGACAAGAGAUUAUGCAAAUGUAGGGGAGAUUAAUCUUGAUGAAAAUACAUACACACUGCUGCCUGAUUCUUUUUUUUUUCUUUCUAUUUUUUAAUGAUCAUUUGGUACAAAUUUUAGCUAUAUAUUUUUUUUAAUUUUUUUUAAUCUUUUAAUAAUAAUAAUCUUCAUUGUCCGUACGGAAAUUUGUCUUACAAUUUGUGCAUUACACCAAACAAAAAACAGUCCAGUUCAAUAUCUUUUGAGGACAUGUGGUGGGAUUGGGUGAUUGGGAGAAGGUUUUGUACUUCCUUUGUUUGCUUAGCACAAAACAAAACAUCAUAACUAUAGCAAAGCAAAUGUACGUUCAGACCAGUUUCACUCAGACUUGUACAAAGAUUGUAUUAGAUUUUAUUUAAUGAUUUGUUUGCCAGGUUAUAUUGGGAAGGGAAGUGCUUUUUUGUUUUUCAAUUUUCUUUUUGGCCUCUUUGUUUGGUUUUCUUUUAUACUCUGUGAAAUUUAGAUUAUUUUUAUUAACAGAUAAAGAUAUCUCUUUUUAGCUCACUUUUUCUUGCAUUAUAAUAAAGCUGAACUCUUUUAUGUAUGGGUGGCUGCCUGGUCGUGCAGUGUGCGCGCCUGACUGUCGUUUGGACUUGUCGAUGGUUCCCCGGUUCAUACCUUGCCCACUGUCAUCCUGCGGUAGGUUUUGAGUGGAAAGUAAAUUAUCUUCAACUCUGAAGGAACACCCAAAACAUGUCAAACAUGUCACAAAACAUUAACACAUGUCAAAGUGAUCUUAUUUCUUUUGCAGUAUGUAAGACUGAAAUGUUGGCCAUUUUGAAUUAUUUCUGAGCUAUACUAUGGUGGUUUUAUCUGCCAUAAGAAACAAAAGCACACUAUAAAUUAUACUAAAAUGUAACUUUUAUGCUACUUAAAAAAAACACCCAGAAAUUUUUCAAGUGAUAUGAAAAAAAAAAAAUUUCAUGAGAAUAAUUAUGUCCCUUGAACAUUGCUUCACAAUCAAAUAGUCACAUGAACAAAUCAAACGAUGAGUCUACAAAUUUAAGUUGAUAGUGUUAAUCAUUGCUUGUGUGAUAUCAUUUGUUUGCUUAGAACAAAAGUUUUACCAUAAUCAAAAAAAAAAUAUUUUAUAUGUGAACAAAAAAGUGUUGAUUGUAUGCCUUGCAUUGUUUCUUUUGAAAUGCAGAUAUUUAUUUCAGCAGAUCUAAAGGCUAACCUUCAUGUUUACACUUAGCUGAUUCAAUAUCAAUAUCCUGUGCACUUAGUGUGGGUCAAUUUAACUUAUCUUAAUUAUUUUUUUGUUUAAUUUUAUUGAUACAUAAUAUUUAUGUACUAAUAAAUAUUUAUUGCUGUUCUCACUCACACCUACAUUACUCAUAUAGUUUAUUUAUUUAUAGAAACAUAUGUCAUAAUUAUGUCAUUGUUAGAAAUGUAUGUUUUGUUCACUGCUAUUUCAUUGGCUUAUCGGUUUCCAUGUCUGACCAAUGGACAUCAAGAUUUCUCUUGUAUUUCACAUAGAUAGAAUGUUGAUGUUACUGUCUGUCCUUGACAUUGAUGUGCUCAGAUUUUUUCCCAUUUCUGUUUAAACAGUUUUAACCAAGUUUGGUUUCUGGAGAAAUCAUUUGCCUUUUGGUAUCAAUUUUUUUUUUUCCUUUCUUAUGCCUCUGUGGCAAAAAAAAAAAGUCUAUCACUAAUGUGGGACAUUUCAUUUGUAGCAGCGUGCCCCCAAACCUCCCCAGAAUUAGUCCUGGAGAUGUUGUUUUUGUUUAUUUUCAAUGUACAUUUUUAAUAGAUUUUAGUUUUCCAUUUUAAUGUUCUUUGAGUCACAUAACCUAAUCAAUUUACAUACAUAACCUACUAGAUUUACUUGUAAUAACCUCCUAGAUUUGCAUACAUAACCUACUCAAUUGACAUUCAAAACAUAUUAGAUUUACAUACUAAACCUACUUAAUUUGCAUACAAAACAUAUUAGAUUUACAUACAAAACUUCUAGAUUUACAUACAAAACCUACUAAAUUUGCAUACAAAACCUUCUAGAUUUGGAUACAAAACCUACUUAAUUUGAAUGCAAAACAUUUUAGAUUUACAUACAAAACCUACUAAAUUUGCAUACAAAACCUUCUAGAUUUGCAUACAAAACCUACUUAAUUUGAAUGCAAAACAUUUUAGAUUUACAUACAAAACUUCUAGAUUUACAUACAAAACCUACUAAAUUUGCAUACAAAACCUUCUAGAUUUGCAUACAAAACCUACUUAAUUUGAAUGCAAAACAUUUUAGAUUUACAUACAAAACUUCUAGAUUUACAUACAAAACCUACUAAAUUUGCAUACAAAACCUUCUAGAUUUGCAUACAAAACCUACUUAAUUUGAAUGCAAAACAUUUUAGAUUUACAUACAAAACUUCUAGAUUUACAUACAAAACCUACUAAAUUUGCAUACAAAACCUUCUAGAUUUGCAUACAAAACCUACUUAAUUUGAAUGCAAAACAUUUUAGAUUUACAUACAAAACCCACUAGAUUUGCAUAUAUAACCUAGAAAACAACUAUCACUUUGAUUUGUACAUUUCUUCACUCCCAAUGUGCCUGAAACUUUUCACCAUUUGCCUUAAAAAGUUGUUAUCAAUAACCUUUGUUGCUUUUAGUGUUUGCUCACACAGCUUACACUCUCUCCCUGACAUUCUGUAUGCAGUAUUCACUCAAGGCAGAACUUUGACAUGCUUUAUGUAUAUAUAUUCAGCUUCAAUUGACAUGCUGGCAUCAAGUGAUUAUCUGCCCUUGUUUUUAAAUGUAUGAAGAUACAAUUAUGUAUCUAUAAAAUGUAUACAAAGUUUAAUACAAGGUGUUAAGUUCUAGAACAAAAUUUAUAAUUUUUGUGAAUGUUCCUUUUUGUUUCUUGAAACUUUUUUUUUAUAUUUAAUUUAUUUGUAUGGGACGAUAUGGAUUUGUAUCCUUAUUCUUCUUUCCCUUUAAUAAGUUUUUGUUUAAAGAUUUUUUUAAGGUCAUAGAAUUUUGCAUUAAACUAAUAGUUAUGUUAAGUGAUCAAUACUAGAGCAACAGUUUUGAUCACAACUCUGCCGUCCAUAUGUUGCAGUUGUUAUUUUGCAAGAAGCUUAAGUAUUGUGUGUUUCUAUUUGAGUACGAUGCUUGCUAGUGGUAUAGUUUAAAUGUAUUUAGCAUGAUAGACUUUGUCUCUAGUAAAGAUAGAAAAAAAAAGGUUGUAUGUCGAUAGAAUGUUGUCUUGGAGGAAUGGUUUGCUGUUUAUACUGUUGGAUAUCAAACAUGCAUUUGAAAGUAGUAUUUCUAUUGUAAGAUUAAUUUCAACUUUACCUGGUCUGAAGUCUAUUUGACCUUUCGGACACCAUAAGCUCCUUGCUAACCAGAUCACUCUGUUCUUCUUUUAUUCAAUGUAAGGGUCGCAGAUUCCUUGAAUUUUGUCUCUGGUUCUGUUCCUUGCAGGAAUGUCUUUGCAAGUCUUGAGGAUCAUGGGAUAUGGCCAAACCAUCUGAGUUUUUUUUAAAUUUAUUUUACAUCAUUAAAUGGGUGGUCUUGAAGUUCAAAUGUCUUUUUUAUCCUUUCUUCAAUUUUCUCUAUUUUGGUACAUAUUUGUAUAUAUAACUUCAUAAAUCAUCUUGUCUCUAUAACCUCAAAAUUUUAUUUUCAACUUUGCUGUUCCAGUUUGCUGAGGUGUUGCUAGGAUAGUUGUCAUCCGUGGCACCCCGAGCGGUGCUAUUGCUCAUAGGACUAGAGCCAUGUUAUUAUGAACAAUUUUUGUGUCUUUCUUUUCUUGAAUUUUCUUCUUGUUGUGUAGAUCAGGUUAUUCUUUUCAGACAUUUAUUUUGGGAUUUUUCAUCUAUGGUCGCAGAGAAAUAAAUGGCUAAAUUUUUAGUGUAUCAGUUGUACAGAUUUCAAGGUAGAUAAUCAUUUUUGUGCGUUUUUUAGGUAAUUUUUUUUUGUUUCGUUAUUUAGUUAGCCAUUUGAAGUUAAAUUUCUUGUUUUUAACUUAUUGUGAAAAUACCAAAUUUAAGAUGAAUUGAAUGUAUAGAAAUAUUAUCUUGUGUGAGGCUUAUUGAUCAAAAUUUUCUAGUACCGAAUUAGGGGCUUUUUGUGUUUGAUGAUGUGUACUUGAUUCCACAGCUUGUAAUUGUAUAGCAUUUGUGAGAGUAUAUAAUUUACAUAAUAUAUAUCAUGUGUAAUAGGUUUGAACAACUAUGAAUUUUAUUUAUGUGUGUUUCGAUCAAACUCAUCAGUUAUCUUGCCAUUCAUUAGUAUUACUCCAAAGUCAAGGAUAGGAUCACUGAUGUCAUUUCCUGGUUCAACAUAGCAACCAAGUUGUUGAUUCAGAAAGUCUGUGCUGUUUGCUGUACAUUUUGUUGCUGCUUGAAGUUUUUGUUUAUUUAUGAAUAUGGCUGAAUUGAUGCUGGAAUCACAUGUGAAAGUGUUAUUAAAAAAAAAAAAAUAGAUUACUCAGGGGUACUCUGACUUUCAUUGUUCAUAAGCAUAAAGGUCAGUGAUAGGGUUAUUCAUUGUUCUUUUGCAUAUAGGUCAGUGAUAGGGUUAGUUCAGUGCUUCAAGUAAUCUGUGGAAAGUCCAUAUUACAGUAGAACAUUGAUUAUCCGUAUUAAUUGGUAAUGGGGUCUGUUUUGGAUAAUCCAUCACCAUGCUGCAUGCAGAAUAUUAUAAAUGGUCCAACAAAUUAAGAUAGUCUAUAUGGGGCGGUAUUGUGCUUAAUGUAAAAAUAAAAUUUUACUGGGGAAUAAAGCCUUAUAUUUAGUAGGCCUACCAUUACUGAAAGAAAAAAUAGCUGAUCUUUUGCUGCGCAUUAGCAAGACUACGUACUAUAAGACAAAACACACAAAAAUGGCAGUCUAGAUAUUUGAUAUGCCAGAUCACUGACAUCUGGAUAAACAAUGUUCUACUGAACUGCAAAGCUAUGGCCGUAUCAUUUAUGAAUAAUUCUUUUUUGGUGUUAAUAUUCCACUAGUUAAGGUAAUUUUUUUGGUGUAAACUAAUUUGACUACAAUUUUGCACCUCAGUGUUACCAUUGUAACAAUAAACCUGCUGAGGCCAAAUAUUAAUGGGGUGCUGCUCUCAUUACCAUAUAGCAUACAUCGCCUGUGUGUUAUAUCUGCCCCAUUUAAGUAACCAACGGACAGCAGUGGCCCUGUUAGUAGGUAACUCACACAAGUUACUUGUCAUAGAGCUGCUAACAUCUCAACCACUUGGACAUUUUUUUUGUACCUAUAGAGGGCUUAGGGAACUGCCUUAAUUUUAACCCCCAGUAACAUAAACUUGCUCCUUUUUUCCCAUUGAUAUUUAUACUAUAUAGAAGAUGGUAUUUGUGUAAUAAGUUUACUAAUAAGGGGGAAAAAAAGCUGAAAUUGUUCUUCCUCAUUCUCAUGUUUACAUUGGAGCGCUGAGAUGACUAGAACAAUAUUUGAGUUGAACUGCGUAGUGGUUUCCAAAUCAAGGAGUUCUCCAUAUAGUUUUAUUUCUAUUGGGGUGUUUCGGGGCCUCAUGGAGAAGCUGAAAUAAAUGUUACUUAAAAAAUAUUUUAGUUUCACACCAUUAGUGCUCUUGAUGUAUAGCUAUUUUUAGAUCACCUUAUCAUAUCAUUUUGUUUUGGUUUUUGUUUUGAUUAUUAUCUGGCCAAUUGGUCAGCCAGGUCUGUUGCCAGAUUGUUAUUCUCCACAAUUUAUUUGUUUGUGGAUCUAUCCUGCUUUGUCUAUUACAAAGUUAAUUCCAUCCAUCUUAUAAACUCUCUAAAUAAAAGAAAAUGUGUUUGACACACAAUCUUUCAAGCUAAAGAUGUUGGUGUUUAACAUUUAGUUAAUAUCAUAGACAUAAAUAAAUAUAGACGGGCCGAUUAAAGAGUUUUAUGAAACGAAAAUGUGUGACUUGCAAUCUUGUGUACUUUAUUAUACAGCAUUUAUGAGCAGUACAAAAGUUAAGUAUUCAUAUCUAUUUCAGCCACACACCUAUAUAUAUUGUAAAUAAUGAGGCAGUGUAGUUUUGUUUAAUCUCUAAGAAUGAAGAUCAUGCAAUUUUUCAUAAUUCGGAAAUCCGAAUACAAUAGAUAUACAUGUUUUCAAGUUACAUGAAGUUACUUCCUUCGGCCAGUCUAUAUUUAUUUAUUUCUAUGGUUAAUAUAUAAUCUUUGGACUUAGAGACAAUAGUGUAUUAGAAUUCUAAGAUCUCUGCAUUCAUGUUUACUUUUUAUUAUUAUUAUUUUGGUUCUCUUUCAAAGUGGAAAAUAAAGUGAAUGUGUACAAGGACUGAGAGAGUCAGAUAAUAAACUGUUGGUUUUUUUUUUGUGUGAAAGCUAAGUUUGCUGCACUUAGGCUUGUGAUUUUGUCUGGGUUUUUUUUUAUUCCUAACUUUGGUUGUUUCUGAUCAUUUGACCUUUCUUUCAAUACUAACACUAUAUGUGAUGCUAGGGAAUGAAAGAAGUGUUAAAACUAAAAUCAAGAUUUAUGUCUUUAUAUCAUCACUACAGUAUGAAACUUAUUGUUUAAAAAUAAAUAUCAUUAAAUUAUUGAUAUAAAUAUAUAUAUAUAUUUAAAUUUA